AAGUAGAAAUUUAGUUUUGACUGUUGUGAAGUUUCUUCUUACUCGAAAAAAUCACAACUUUACCACAAAUAUCUCCGUUGCCGGCGAAAUCACUUUGCUCACUCUCUCAACUUUGAAAGGAGACUCAAGUUUCUCACUUUCUCUCUUCCAUGGCUUUCUCAUACUCUUUAACUUCUCCGUCACCAAAUUCGACUCUCUCCUAUUCCAGUACCCAUCAAUUUCUCAACCCGUCUUCUUCGUUUCCCGUCUCGUUAUCAGUCUCAUCUCCGAAGAAUACCCGCCAUCUUCGUCUCCUCAUCACCUCCGCUUUGAAUCCACAGACGGGACAGCCGACGAAGAAGGCCUCCACCGGUAGUGAUAAGAGUAGUACGAACAAGAAACGUAAGAAAAAGGGGAAAAUUGCGAAACCUGUGGAGGAUUGGGAAUUGAGAGAUUCAGAAGACGCUUUUGAGGAAGAUGAUGAUGCCGAUUAUUCUUCUUCUUCGAGUUCUCUAGCAACUUUUAACUCUCCUCCUACCAUACCCAAACCACCUGCUGGGUUUGUGAUUAAUGAAACUGGUAGGGUUCUUAUGGCCUCUAAGAAGCGUAUCACCACUGUGAUUGAUCCAACAAACAAUAGCCCUUUGGAUUGUGUGAUAAGAAGAGUAUUUACAAGUAGUAAAGGAGAGGAUUGUAUGCUUCUUUGCCCUGUGGAUACGCCAGUUCAGAUUUUGAAGAGCACAAAUAUUGAUGGAUGGUCAGCUGUCAGUGAUGAAGAGGUCGAAUCUCUUCUUCCUGCUGCUGCUUAUGCUCUUGCAAAGAUCCAUAUGCAUCUAGUACACAGCGGGUUCUGUUACACUGCAAGGGGAGGCUUUUGCUACACGGAAGAUAAUGUCUUUGAUUUUCGCACAGAUGAUGGCCAAGAUGUUGAAGGCUUGCCAACUGAAGGGGUUGAGAUUACGUGUUUCCAUCUGGAUGGAUCACACUAUAUGGUCUACACACCUUCAGAUCCACUUCUCUUUGUUGCUGCUAAGGAUCAAAAUGGGCUGCUGCAAAUCGCUGAUGAUGAACUCUUAGACGAUCCAGCUGUGAUCAGCGCCAUAGACGAGGAAACCGAAUUCAAUGCCUUGGUGGAGGAAGAGGCGGCUCUCCUGGAAUCACUGCUUGGGGAAAGAAUUUGAUGUUUUCAUAGGGACUACUUAGCUUUCUUUUUGUAUUCCAUAAUUGCAAUGCCAUGUAAUCUAAAUUUUCUCUUAGAAAAACUCAUUUUGCCUUUCCAAAUCUCUCUUGUUGACAAUUGGGUUCGAUCAUUACCGAAACAGAAGUCCCUCCAAAUGACCAUGCACCUACUUGUAAACCGAAGGAUUCUUUUCAGUUUUCACUAAUACAUCAAUAAUAUAUGUUAUGCGUGCUCA